AAAUUAUUUUAUUAAAAUGUUUAACUUCUUUUCGCGCUCCUCUGCUGCCUCAGCUGCUUCAACAGCAGCUUCAACAAUUUUCUACGCCGCUUCAACAGCGGUGUCCUAUGCUUUCGCUUCCUUUUCUCUCUCUCCUCCUCUCACUACCUGGCAGGCCAGUAGUGAUGAUUCCGAUGCAGUAGCUGGUCUACUUGCUGUUUCAUCAAGUUCGUCCCCCAGCGGUGAUGCUGGUUUGUUUGGUGCUAGUGUUGGUGUUGGUUUUGGUGUCGGUGUCGGCGAUGAAGAAGAAGAGGUGUCUUCUGUUCGUGGUGGUGGUGGUGUUGCUGGUGUUGGUGGUUUUGUGGCUGCCAUGAUGGCAGCUGAAGAUGCUGUGGCCCGUUGGUCACCUCCUCUCCCUGGUGUGGAAGAGGAGAGUGAUGAAGAUUUUGGUGCUGGUGCUGCUGCUUGGGUCUGUCCUCCCUUUACUUGGGAGGACGACGAUAAUGAAAGUUGGGUGUCCUGGCUCUUACCAGAAGAAGAAUCUGCUCCUCUCGUUGAUGAUAUGUUCUCCUACUCUUUGCCAUCCUCUCAGGCCUCCAUGGAGUCCGACUUAAUGGACUUGGACUAUGACUCCAUGGAGGUCGACGAUCCUGUUGAUCUCCUCUGUGAACACUUUGAGGGGAUGGCCUUGGCUACCACUGGCGACGAUCUUAUGGAAGGAAUAAUCUACGGUGACUUCUAAGCCGGUGGUAGCCUUCGAAGUUCAGCGAGGGGAAGCUGAUAAAAUACUCAUGGCCAGGACAUCCUUGUAAAUAAUGUAUAUAUAUAAAAA